AUGUUCUCCAUGAACAGCCCGGCGACUCUAGUAGUCUUAGGUACCAUCAGCCUUUGCUUGUAUCUAGCGUACCGUGCUAUUCUACCCAAACCAAUCGCUGGAAUUCCAUACAACAAGGAUGCGGCGGGGAGAAUGCUGGGAGAUAUCCCAGAGAUGAUCGGAUACGUACGACGAACAAAGCGCAUAUUUUGUUGGCUCACAUCGCUCAAUACCCGUCACCAAAGUCCCAUUGUGCAAGUCUUUACGAAGCCUGGAGGAUUGCCUUGGGUGGUUGUUACCGACCCAUAUGAGAGCCAGGAUAUCUUACUCCGACGGAUCAAGGACUUUGAUCGCAGCGAUUUCUUUGGUCAGUUCGUUGGCGGCAUCAUGCCAUAUCAGCAUUCUCAUCAGCUCUCGACCGACGACCAGUUCAAGAAUAAUCGCAAACUAAUCAAUCACUUGAUGGCGCCCACGUUCAUUAAACAGAUCAGCGCACCGCAGGUGUAUUCGAGUACUCUUAGCCUGAUAAAGCUGUGGCGGCUCAAGUGUAAAAUGGCGAGCAGUCGACCGUUUUCUGCUCAUCACGAUAUCACGUUUGCUUCUCUGGACUCCAUAUUCGCGUCUUCGUUUGGUUUGUCCGAAACGGAUAGCAAUACGUUCCAGCGCAUGGAGAAGAUCAGCGACUGUGAGGAGGAUGAGGUUAUAGAGGAGGAUCAUGGAGCUCAAAGCUUCCCUGAACACUCUCCUCCGGCCAUCUUCUCAGCAAUUCUCACACUAGCGGAAUCGGUGUCUGAUACGCAACUCUCCCCAGCGCCAGCUGUGACAUCGUGGAUUAUUCGCAAGUUUCCGUACAUGCGAAAUGCCAAAGCCAUCAAGGACAAGUUCAUACGUGACAAAGUCACUGAAGGUAUUGAAUUAAUCAAGGAUGGCUUCACAACGGAACCAAAGAGUGCUAUACACUCGGUUCUACUGAGAGAGCUCGAAUUGUCCACCAAGGAAGGAUGCGAGCCGAAUUAUUACAGUCCUGCCAUCGCUGACGAGUUCUUUGGGUUCAUGACAGCUGGCUAUGACACGUCUGCCACCACAAUUGCCUGGGGUGUCAAGAUGCUCACGGACAACCCAACUGUUCAGAACAAGCUGCGGGAUAAGCUUCGUGACACUUUCUCAGACGCUGCUCAAGAGAAACGCACCUUGGAGUAUCACGAGCUCAGCGGUGCAAACAUCCCUUAUCUGGACGCCGUUGUCGAUGAAGUUCUGCGCCACUCCAACUCAAUUGGCUUUGUCGCUCGGCAAGCCCAACGCGACACCACCGUGCUGGGACGGCAUAUUCCCAAAGGGACAAACGUGUGGCUCAUGGCCAACGGUCCAGGGUAUCUUGAGCCAAAUAUUGGUGUAGGCGAUCAGCAACGCAGCCUAGGUGCACGCCAGGAAUCCAAGUCGGCACUCACAGGUCUAUGGGACGACGAGGAUAUCGGCAAGUUUUUACCAGAGCGCUGGCUCGAGAUAGAUUCUGAUACUGGCGCUAAGAAGUACAAUUCCAUGGCCGGCCCUUCACUUCCCUUUGGAAUGGGAUUGCGGGGAUGCUACGGAAAAAGGCUGGCGUUGCAGGUGCUCAGAAUCCAUUUUGCACUGAUUGUUUGGCACUUUGAACUGUUGCCAACGCCUGCUGAGCUGAGCAGCUAUGAUGCGGUACAAAAGUUCGCGAGAGAGCCAACACAGUGCUAUGUUCGCUUGAGGGAAGUUGAGUAA